AGGUUGUCCGGAGUUUUGUAGUUCCUGUGCUGUUGACCUGUCAGCACUACAGUGUGUCUAUCUGUCACUGUCGAUAAUAUCUGUUGUAGCAGGUUGCAACUUUCCUCCUGUUGCACGUCGAGUGGCUCGCCGUCGGCCGUACGAGCUCGUCCGUGCUGUUGUUUGCGUUAGCUGGUUAAAUUAGCCACAGCACUAACUAGCAGCUAACAAGCCCAGAAACUUGACAGCUAGUAACACUGUAAUCCGAAGGUAGCUAGCAGCGUUAGCUAGCUUUCUUCUGAGUUAGCUAGCUAGCCUGCUGGCUGUCCGGGGCUAGAAAGCCGCCCACUUUUGCAAAACACAAAUCUUGACGAAAAAGUGAACGAGAAUGGAGGCCCACAGCUCCAGCCCACUGCUGCUCUCCAGGAAGAGACGGAGAGAGGGGUCCAAUGGAGAAACAGAGGAGGGAGAGAGGCCUGGGAAAGUCCCCAGAUGUACUGUGGGGCUGAAGCACCCAGCUCCCUUUGCAGAUGAGCUGGAGCCAGCUGAUGACAAACCCUAUCUGAGAGUCAGCAUGGAUGAGGCCAAGAGGGGAACACCACCUGACAGGCCGGUGCGGGUGUAUGCAGAUGGCAUCUUUGACGUCUUCCAUUCGGGUCACGCCAGAGCCCUCAUGCAGGCUAAAGGCCUUUUCCCAAACACACAUCUCAUUGUCGGAGUGUGCAGCGAUGACCUGACCCACAAGUACAAAGGCUUCACAGUGAUGAAUGAGGACGAGCGCUACGAUGCGGUCAGUCACUGUCGCUAUGUGGAUGAAGUGGUGCGCAACGCUCCCUGGACGCUAACACCAGAGUUCCUCGCCAAACACCGCAUUGACUUUGUGGCCCACGAUGACAUCCCGUACUCCUCAGCGGGAAGCGAUGAUGUUUACAAGCACAUCAAGGAGGCAGGCAUGUUCGCCCCCACCCAGCGGACGGAGGGCAUCUCCACUUCUGACAUCAUCACACGCAUCGUCCGGGACUACGAUGUGUACGUGAGACGCAACCUGCAGAGAGGAUACACUGCCAAGGAGCUCAACGUUAGCUUCAUCAAUGAGAAGAAGUACCAUCUGCAGGAGCGUGUGGACAAGGUGAAGAGGAAGGUGCGUGACGUGGAGGAGAAGAGCAAAGAGUUUGUCCAGAAGGUGGAGGAGAAGAGCAUUGACCUCAUCCAGAAAUGGGAGGAGAAAUCCAGGGAGUUUAUUGGCAAUUUCCUGCAGAUGUUUGGCCCCGAGGGAGCACUGAAGCACAUGUUGAAGGAGGGGAAGGGCCGGAUGCUGCAGGCCAUCAGCCCCAGACAGAGCCCCAACAGCAGCCCCACCCGCGAGGAGCGCUCUCCCUCUCCCACCUUCCGCCUCCCCUUCUUCACCAAGACCUCGCCACCACCCUCCCCUCCUCCCCACCACAGCGCGGCCCGGGGAUACCCCAUCAGUGAAGACGAUGAUGAAGACGACGAAGAUUAGAGCACACUGGAAUUGUUCCCUUCGUCGGGCUGCAGUCAGGCUCACCUGUUAACCGAGCUGUCAAAUUGUACCAACAAGUCUUGGCAGUUUUUAUCGAGCACCUGCUUCCAUCACUUUUUUGUUUGUUUGUUUGUUUGUUUGUUUGUUUGGAUUUUAUCCUUACACUUAGCACUGUUUUCAGUGAUUUCAGUGAGUUUCACAUCGACCACUCACUGUAACAGCAAGUUUCACCACAGCUCUUGUUUUUAAUAGCUAAUUUUAAAACACUCGUUCAGUUUCUUUUUAAUCAAGUCACUUGAGUUAUUUGGAAGUUAUCAUAGCCUUUCAUGUGUUAGUCACCUCUGAUUUUUGAGUUUGUAGUAGUCACUCACUGUCACUUGCUCAUAGGAAUACUUGUUGGUGUUAAACUCGGAGCACUCUUCUGUCUGGUAUUGUCAAGCCUGGCACUGUGGUGCAGUAUGAGCUUGUGUUUUUUGUCUUGUUGUCAUGGCUUUAGCGGGAGGGCUCGCAGGUUGUUUUUUCGUGACUUGGAAGAGAACACCUAGUUUGGUCUGGGAGGUGAGCUGAGACCUCACAUGCACUGCUGAAUUUCUCCAUGUGGAGUUAGCCUUUCAGAGCAGGUCAGAAAGAUCUGCUCAUGUGGUGGGACGGUUAUACUCCGCUCAUGCUAACGUAAAAUCAAACUGGGUUUCUGUUUGUUCUCAGUCAAAAUCUGGCUUGGUAAUUGGUUUUAAGAUAACAGGAAAACAGACAGACAGGAAACUCCAGAUGUGUUUAAAUGUGAACUGAACCUGAGAGUACAUGAGUGUUAAAUUGUUGCCUCAACUUUUUCCCAAGUUAAUGUGUGUCUGUUUGCCUGCAUGAGGCCAUGGUUGUGUGUGAGUGUGUAUGUGUGUGUGUGUGUGUGUGUGUGUAUGUGUGUGUGCGCAACAGCAACAGCGACAGCAAGCUCUUAUAAAGGCAUGUUUGAAAUGUCUGUCAAAAUUCUCCCUCUGUUGACAGAUCUGGGUUCUGCUUUGACAUCUUUGCACAUUAUAAUAAAUCAACAUUUGUUGUGUUGAUUAAUGUUGGAAAACUACUAAGUUUCAAACUGGACCCCUUUCAAUAGUGCACACAGAAAGAUGUCUUGUAAAAAUUAUGUUUCUCUGUUUUACAAUCACAUUUAAAUGUUGUUUAUUGUAGAAAUGUUCUUGUUUCUGUCAUUGGUAAAUUUCAUGUUAUGUUCAAUUAUCAUCUUUACAGAUGAUAAAACUAUUCAUCCCUGAGUUGUUAAGAAGUGCUUUGUUAAUCUCAUAAGACGACGGACUUAUACACAAAAUUUAUUUAGUGUGAAGCAGAACUGGGGCCUCAUGAAAAUUAAAUCUACAACACUAAAACCUGGGGUGACUCUAGAAAUUAUUUUCAGGUCUUCAUGUAUCAGAAUAUUGGAGGAAAAUAUCUUCUGAGUAAAUCAUAAGCACAAAUUGGUAUCUUUUAUAAACAAGGCCCCCAGAUCUCUGCAUUGCUAAUGAAAAUCUUUCUCUUCCCUUUACAGUCCUGAGAUGGUGAGGCUGGGUUUCCCGGUCAUACAACAAUCCAUAGUAUUUGAUUAUAGUUCACACAUGUGAGCCAGUGGACACAGAUGGUCUCAGUUCAGAGGUGAUUUUAGACAGACUAAACUCUGCUCUAAACCACACAGGAGGGGAAAACCAGAUUUUAUGUAACAGUGUAACUCUAGACAUACAUUUAUAGAGCUACCUCUUGCUUGAACCAGUCCCAUUCCUUCAGAUGAGCACAAGAGACGGGGGAUUUUUCUGUCUGAAGAGCCAUUGUUCAAGCACUGAAGUGAUUUGACUUGGUCAAAUAUUUGAGAUUUUCUGGCCUUGGGGUGUGUCCUAAAUCUCCAUGGUGACAGAGCAUGUGUUUUAGUUGCUUUAGAACCCAAAUUCUAUGGUUGAAGACUCUUGUAAUCCUAUUACAUGACUUAAAUGUAAAUGUUAACACAUAGGAUUGACCUGUUCUAGGCUUGAUUUCUCAAAGCACUUAAUGUGUAUGUCACCACAGUUAAUUUAUAAUCACACUUAAAAGGACACUCCUAAUUCUAAUACCAGUAAAACCUAUUAUAGGAUGGAAAAUGACCCCAUAUAUUGAGUUGUAAACUGCUAUGUUACUUUUCUGCAUUACAAUAUGUCUGGAGUAGUAAAAGUUCUGAACCUUGCUAAGAAAACCCAGCAUAGAUUUUGGUGCUAAGAAUUUUUUUGGAAGUCUAGCCUUGAUUCUUGUGGAAUCUCUUUCUGACGUUAGUCUGAAUUUCAGUAAGGACAUGUCCAGUUUAGAUCUCAACGUGGAAAAGACUUCAGUGACAUCCAGUAACAGUUAUUGUACCUGAUGCAAAAUGUAAAUGUCCUCAACAGCUCAUUUGUUUUAAUCAUGUUAUUUUACUGCUUGGGGUUGUUUUUGUUUAAGUCCUGGAUGUGGAGGUCAGUGAAUGCAAGAAAGGAAAAAAAUAUGUAUUAAAAAUGUUAGCCAAAG